CAGAGUGUUUUCCGUUCUCAUCUAUCAAUCACAUAUAUAUUCAGAUUCAUAAGAAGAGAAAAUAUAUUUCUUGGAUAGAGAUGGACGGUAGAGGAGGUUGUUGUAUAGCGAGAUACGACGGGAGGAAUCCGUACGAUACUUCAAAGAUUGAUCGGAUAAUGUUAAGAUUCCGACCAAUAGCUCCAAAACCAGUUGUGAGUGGAUCAGUUUCCGGUGAUAAAGCGUCGGAGAAAUCUGACGUGCUUAUCAAAAAUGGUGGUAGAACUAAAAGAAGGUAUGUCAAAGAUGCUACAAAAACUAGAAAAAACAGUAGUAACAAUAAUUCCAAUUCCAAAAAAAUAAAAUUAUUAUCAGAUCAUCAUGUUCAUCAAGAUGAUCAAGCAGCUGUUGUUACUUUAUCAUUAUUACCAGAAAAACCCACUGGUGAAGCAUCAUCUUCACCAUCAUCACUAUCAUCACUGCUACUACCGGUAAAUCAUCUGACUGGUUAUGUACCUGCUGCGACGUGGAGCCAAAACGGCAGUAGUCCAGCUAGUAGUGGAGGGUCAGGCGGAUCAGGCGGUGGUUCUGCUGCACUAUCAACAUCAUCAUCAUCAACAGAUCGUACGGUUGUGAUUCCACAGCCAGUAAGACCAGUAGGAUCAUGUGUAACAGUGAAGUGUAUAACUGAAACAUUCGGAGAUCAAGAAAUAGGGUUAGGGUUUUUAGGAAGAACCGACGAAGAAAAGAAGAUUAAUCUUGAGAAAGACGCGUGUCCUGGAUUCAUAUCCGACGGGUUGAAUAGAGUGAGGUGGACCAACGAAGCGUAUAGGAAACUAGUGAAUCAAGAUGGGUUCGGGUAUGGCGGUGAACAGAGACCGGAAAUGGUGUGGCUGGUAACGAAAGAUAAUGAAUCUUUACCGUGGAGAUGUCAAGGAUUUGUUUGUAGGGUUAGAUUGCAGUAUACGUGUAAGAAAGAGAGGCACUCGUUGAUAGUACCCUGUGAUGUUUGGAAAAUGGACGACAGUGGUGGCGGUUUUGCAUGGAGGUUAGACGUUAAAGCUGCUUUGAGCUUAGGUCGUUAAAAGAGUUGUAACCAACCAGUGGAACACAAUAGUAAAACCCUAGAUUUUUUCAGUAAUUGUGAAUAUAUUCUGUUUUCCAGUUUUAGGUGUUUUUUUAUGUUAUAUUUUUGGGUAUGUUAAUUAAG